UGGCCAAGGAUGCCACUCAGCAUCCUAUAAUGCAUAGGACAGGCCUUAACCAAGAAUGUUCCUGUCCAAAGUGGCAAUAAUGCUGAAGUUCAGAAACCCUCUAUUAGAGUAGUUUAAAGGGGAUCUUGAGUCCAAGGAGAGAAAGGUGGCUCAGUCUUGCAAACAAGGGGCAUUCCACAUAAAGAAACAUUUUUGGAACUGGGGAAAGAGCUAAGAUAGAUUCAUUCAUUGAUCAGUGGAAUCAGUAUUUAUAGAGUGCUGGAUAAUUAUGGUGAGGGAAACAAUAGAGAUAAACCAAAGGGGCUUAGCUAUUAAAUAUAUGUUAGGGGUAUAGUUUUGGUGCCAAGAGCGAGCCACUUUCUUUCAUUAAGGAGGGAGAUAGUGUCUUACUUUACAGGUCUAAGGAAAAUUAGAGUGUGGUCAGGGACCAACUUAGAAGCCAUAUGCUACUUACAGGAGUACAUGGUAACUUUCUGUACCAUUUAUGACUGACUUACGCUGAUCCGAAGGUAGGUCCAGAAGGGAAAAAAGCAAAUGAUAUUCUCAGAGGCAACAUCUGGUAGCAAUCUAAGUAUGUGUGUGUGCAUAUGGAAUGGAGAGGCCGAGAAGCUUGCAUUGCUUUCAAAUUGCUCUGCUGGCCUGUGAACAGGUGCUGGCUUUGUUUUUCCAGUAACAGCUUUUUCUGUUUCCAGCAGUCCUAUGCACCAGCUCCCCACCCCAUGGCUCCUCCCAGCCCCAGCACAAACAGCAGCAGCAACAACAGCAGCAGCAACAGCAGCGGGGAACAAUUGAGUAAAACCAACCUGUACAUUCGAGGUCUUCCACCAGGCACCACUGACCAGGACCUAAUCAAGCUGUGCCAACCGUAUGGAAAAAUUGUAUCUACAAAGGCAAUUCUGGACAAAAACACAAAUCAGUGCAAAGGUUAUGGUUUUGUAGAUUUUGACAGUCCCGCAGCCGCACAGAAAGCAGUAGCAUCUCUCAAGGCCAAUGGCGUGCAGGCGCAGAUGGCCAAGAAUUUGAACUCAGUGGGCUGCGCCAUGUCUUCCUCAUCAGAAUUAUGCCCGGAAGCUUUGGAUUUGUUUAAGAACUCAGAUUGA